AUGUCAUUGCUAUCUAGUAGUACAAAAGGUGGAUUGCCAUUGCUUGGCGAGCUGAAUGGAUUCAUUCAACACCUAUUGGCGACAAACGUUCGUGAAGAACAUAACCAAAACAAUUCAGAGUCGAUCGAGGAUAGAAAUCCACAUCUACUAAAGAUAUGUUUUUAUGUUGAAAAGAUAUUAUCCGAUGGUAUAAAGGAUGUAAAUUUCAUUGGUAAAACAAAUAUGUGGGAUUUCCUAGAGAAUCUACCGAGGUGCUUACCCGACACCAAUAGGGUGAUCGACAUUGCAAAGGAUUGUACGAGGUCAUCGAUUGGACGUGGUCGUAUCUUCAUUCGUAUGGCACUGAACGAAGGUGCUCUCUCUGACUAUCUGAGUGCUCUCUACUUUGAUCAGGAUACAGUCAAGUCGUACUACAAAGAGACAUCGAUCUUUAGAAACUCAGAGUUUGCAACCACUUUCUUUAGUAUCUUGGAGUCACUCUCACACAUUCAAUUCAACUUGGUCGUCAAGGACAAGGAUCUCGACAAGCCAAGCUACUGGGAGGACGUCGCACUCACUCUCUUCUCAGAGACAACCUCGAAAGCAUCGAUACCAAACAAUCUCAGCAUCAAUCCCGACACACAAUCAACAACAACCACAACCACAACCACAAAAACUGUAGAUGAUUCUCUGGAUAUUAAUAAUCUCGAUGAAAUUCUAGAUGAAAUUACAAAGGAAGACCAAGAUCAGUUGCUAUUGGACAAGUAUGCAGAGAGUUGGGAGGUGUUACUCGAGAAUCUCUCUAAAGCAUCGAAAGCGGUUCUCCUCGAUUUUGGUGGAAAAGGAUCAUCACUUACACUAAGCGAUCGUUGUGUAGAAUCACUCUAUUUCUCAAUCGAUCAAAUCUUACUAAAUGAUUUCAUAUUUAAUAACAAUGCAACUAAUAAAUGGGAAUGUAUUGAAUGGUUAUGUUCGAAUGAUAUGAGUAGAAUGAAUGAUAUCGAUCAGAUCAAUAAAAUAUAUCCAAAUGGUAGUAGUGUUACUUUUCAACUGCGAUGGGAUGAUAUCGCACCGAUUGCACCUACCACCACCUUUAAGAAGAUCGUACACACCAAGAUCAUCAAGAAGAAGAUCAGAAAGGUCAAGCCAAAGGAAAUCAACAUCGAUGCCGCCACAACAGAGGAUGGUCAACAUGUUGACGGCAACACACCAACUGCCAACGUGGACAUCACAGCUAUCACGCCAUCUCCAUCGGCAGCCAGUACCGAGUCGUCUCCACCAAAGAUUCAACAACAUCCAUCUGAACAACAACAACAACAACAACUUUCUUCAUCCACUGGAAACAUAGCAACGAUCGCCACAACUGUGAUCCAACAACAACAACUACAACAGCCAUCAGUGGAUAAUGUAAAUACUAUGAAUAUAUGUAAUAACAACAACAAUAACAACUCGACAACAAUUAAUUCAACACCAAAAGAAUCGACUGUUCAAAACAAUAUUGACGAUGCAGUGGUAGGUAGUUCCAAUGUUGACGAUAAGAAACCAUUGGUUUUAGAAGACUCAAGCAGUGAUACUUUUAAGGAAGAGGAAGAUGAAGGAUUAGACUCGUUCAAUGAAACACUCUCAGGAUUGUUGAAGCGUGAUAAAUCUGUUUCGCCGGCAGCAGCUGCAUCUUCACCUCAAACAUCUCAAUCAUUCAGUCAGCCAUACACACCAUCGUCAUCAUUCACCACUAUCACCAACAACCGACAAUCAAUGAUGUUCAACGAUACAAAGGCAACAAGUCCACCAACCAUAACCAAAGCCAUACCAAGAUCAACACUGUUGUCAUCAUCUGAACUUGGAAACUAUCUAUCAAAUUUAGUUGAAAAUGAUGAUAAUGAUGAUAAUGAUAAUAAUGAUAAUAAUAAUAAUAAUAAUAAUAAUAGUAAUAGCUUUAAUAAUAAUAAUAAUAAUAAUGGUAUAUCAUAUACACCAACUAGUUCUGCUCAAUCUAUACCAAUUAGCAAUAAUAAUAAUAAUCAAAAUAAUAAUAAUAAUAAUAACAAUAAUAAUAAUAAUUUUAAUAGUUACGAUAGUGAUGAUAAAUAUCAAAUGCCAACAUCAACAUUCAUACCGAAUCCAUUUUUAACACAGGCAUUACGAUCGAUUGAACGUGACAAAGAGGAACAAAACAGUAGAAUGUCUACAUCAGUAGAUUCAUUCACCAAUUUCCAUUUGAUUAGUGACUACACACGUGAACCAGAUCCAAAGGGCUCAAGAACAAAGAAGAACAUCUAUGCAGGUGAAGACGACCUUUUGUUUAUCAACAAAGAAUACAAAAAGAAGUUAUCAAAAGAAUAUACAUCACAACUCUGUCCAUCAUGUAAUGCAAAUUUAGAUAAAUUGGGAUUCUUUAAAACAAGAUUUUGUUAUUAUACAGGUGAAUGGUUUUGUACAAAGUGUCAUACCAAUCAGAAGAUCAUGUUACCAUCGAGAAUACUUUAUCAUUGGGACUACAAGUUGUAUCCAGUGUCAAACUCAUCGAAACAAUAUAUAUUGCAAAACUACAACCAGCCAUUCGAUAUCUUUAGAUUCAAUCCUCUGGUCUAUGAGGUGUCAAACACACUUGGCAAGAUACUAGAGCUACGCAAGAAACUUCAUUUCAUCAGCGAGUACAUCGAGACCUGCAGAAACAAACGUUCACUCGAGAACCUAACACAACUGAGAGACUAUAUCCUCACGGAGAACGUUCACCUCUACUCGCUUGACGACCUCGAGAAAUGUCAUGCCGGUACACUCGCUCCUCAGAUCUUUGAUAUCAUUGAGAAAUAUAUACAUCAUGUUACAAAGACUUGCGCUACAUGUAAAGGUAAAGGAUUCAUCUGCGAGUUUUGUAAUGAAGAUGAAAUGUUAUUCUCAUGGAUGAAAUUGGAUGUACAGAAUGUGAUACAGUGUGGUAAAUGUAAUUCUCUGGCGCACCGAGCCUGUUACAUUAAAGAUCGAUGUCCAAAGUGUUUAAGAAUUAACUAUGUCAAAGCUAAACAUUCACACGAACAUAUGAACAACUAUUAA